CGCACGCACGCACGCACGCACACACGCACGGAGGGAUAUUUAUAGCCCAGAGCGAAGCUGUAGCGCGCACAGAUAAAGGGCUCGGGACAGAAAGCCGCAGGCGGGACAAGAAGGAGACGCAAUGAAACCUUUCUUUUCAGUCUUUCUAUUGGGGGCCGCGGUGGUCGCCCUGACCAGCGCGGCGGCCGCCGGGACCGACGCCGGGAUCUCCUUCGAGUACCACCGCUACGAGGAGCUGCGGAAGGCGCUGGUUUCCGUGUGGCUGCAGUGUCCCACCAUCACCCGCAUCUACACCAUCGGGGAGAGCUUCGAGGGCCGAGAGCUGCUGGUGCUGGAGAUGUCCGACAACCCGGGGACGCACGAGCCUGGCGAACCCGAGUUUAAAUACAUCGCCAACAUGCACGGYAACGAGGCAGUAGGCAGAGAGCUGCUCAUCUACCUGGCUCAGUACCUUUGCAACCAGUACCAGCAAGGCAACGAGACCAUUAUUGACCUCAUCCAGAACACCCGCAUACACCUCAUGCCCUCCAUGAACCCCGAYGGGUUUGAGAAAGCAGCCUCACAGCCUGGCGAGAUCAAGGACUGGUUUGUGGGCCGCAGCAAYGCUCAGGGGGUGGAUCUGAACCGGAACUUCCCCGAUCUGGAUCGCAUCAUCUACAUUAACGAGAGGGAGGGCGGAGCCAACAAUCACCUGCUGCAGAACAUGAAGAAGGCUGUGGAUGAAAACACAAAGCUGGCUCCAGAGACUAAGGCUGUGAUCCACUGGAUCAUGGAUAUUCCCUUUGUCCUCUCUGCUAACCUGCAUGGAGGAGACGUUGUAGCCAACUAUCCAUAUGAUGAAACCCGCAGUGGAUCCACUCAUGAGUACAGCGCCAGCCCGGACGAUGAGAUGUUCAAGUCUCUGGCUAAAGCUUAUUCCAUGUUCAAUCCUGUCAUGUCUGACCCCCAUCGACCCACUUGCCGCAAAAACGACGACGACUCAAGCUUCAAGGAUGGCAUCACUAAUGGUGGAGCAUGGUACAGUGUGCCUGGAGGCAUGCAGGAUUUCAACUAUCUCAGCAGCAACUGUUUUGAGAUCACUCUGGAGCUCAGCUGUGACAAGUUUCCCAACGAGGACACACUCAAAACCUACUGGGACCAGAACCGCAACUCCCUCGUCAGCUACAUCGAGCAGGUUCACCGUGGCGUUAAAGGCUUCGUCCGUGACCUUCAGGGCAACACCAUUUCCAACGCCACCAUYUCUGUGGAGGGUAUUGAACAUGACAUCACCACAGCCAAAGAUGGAGACUAUUGGCGCCUCCUGGCUCCAGGGAACUACAAAGUGGCAGCUUCUGCUCCAGGAUACCUGACUGUCAUCAAGAAGGUGGCCGUUCCUUACAGCCCUGCAACGAGGGUGGACUUUGAGCUGGAGUCCCUGAUGGAGAGGAAGGAGGAGGAGCGGGAGGAGCUGAUGGACUGGUGGAAAAUGAUGUCAGAGACUCUGAACUUCUGAAGUGUUUGUCUCGACGACAAUCGGAGCACACACACAACGUUGUAAUAUAUUCAUUCUGCGUGUUCGUCUACUAGAAAGAGAKUCUGUUGUCUCUUUUGUUUUGGCUUUCGUUCCAUCACUAAUCGAUUUGAUGACAUUGUUUGCCUCCUGACUCCUGUAGAUUGUUUGAAUAUAUCCUGCACACGCUGAAAGACAAAGGAGGAUUUUGCAGGUAGUUUGGUGGCAGUGAGACCGAUGUUGAUUUCUGUGGUAUUUAUUGUAUUUUUUAUGGUGUUUGGUAACCAUUGCACCCAUCUAUAUAACCAAUGAAAGACUGAGUAAUUAUGUGGAAAAGCUGUUUUCAUUAUAAUCACACAGCUCUGUCUGUAUAAACUUUAAUUUUUCUCCUGUUUAAAAUGUUUGCUUCUUCAGUUUUCAGUACAGAAACACAACACACCUUUUGAUUUCCCAACAACUGUAAACAAACACUAAAUCGUCUUUAUGUUUUUUUUUUAAUUAUAGCAAAACAUAUGACUCUGAGAUCAUCUGGGCCAUUAAUAUAAUAUUAUAAGCAUUUUAUCUGAUCAGGUUCAUUCCCCUGUGUGUUAUUGAUGUUAAGAGUUUUUCUUUUUGAAACUACAGCACAUUUUGGAUUUUAGCACAAGAUUGUCACAUUAUAUACUGGUAUUUAUGAAGUAGAUAUUGCAAGMUAUAUGUGCUUUUGUUACUAAAAUCAAGUUAUAAAGACCAUUAACACUUAUUAAAAUCUCUCAUGUYAAACAAAUCAAAGCCAUUCCUUUGUAUGUGCACUACAUAAGAAAUAACAUGGCACAGCAGAAGGAGUUGAUUUUCAAAGAYAUAUUAUUGUAACACUAAUAUUUUCAGUGAUCGUUAUGAAUGCAGUUCACUAAGACCACGGGGAAAAAAGGUUUAUUGAAUGUAAAACUAUAAAAAUAGAUGUUAUGCAUAAAGAAUGACCCAAUCAAUAAAAUUCACUUUAUGUUGUCAAA